CUAUUAUGUCAAGCACAACCGAUGUUUUGAAAAUCUAGAUAACUGCAUUGACUGAAUGCUAUCAAGAUUAAAGCCAUAAAUAGGUAAUCCUGGAUUUUUCAACCUUUAACGAGGAAGCUUAAUUAAAUUACCUAAAAUCGUAAUCAAACCAUUAAUCAUAGAGUUUUACAUUAGCCAUUGAUUGGACAAGAAAAAGAAUACUAUGAAACUCAUAAGGAAAAGUUAGAAGAUCUAAACAACUUUGAAUAGCAAAUUUUGGAAGUAUUCUAUAAUGAUUUGGUGAUGAAAGAUUAUUCAUCUGCUGUAUUAAUAUUAUGUUUAUCAUUUAUAGAUGAUAUUGGCAAAAGAGUAAUUCUUCCGAAAAUAAAUCUUAGACGAUAAAAAAACACCCUUAGAAUUUUUCUAGACAACCCAAUCAAUCUUAAAAAGGGCCUGCGUAAUUAAGGAUGAAGCCCCAUUGUAAUUAGCCGAGGAACUUAAAAAACAUGGAUAUUAGAACAAACCCUCAAUUUAAUUUGUUUGUCUAAAACUUGAUUAUGAACUUGGAAAAUAAUAGAAUGAAAAUUUGGAAAGUAUUUGUUAGAAAGUUAGAGAUUGCUAAUUAUCAAACCUAGCACCAAUUUUUGAUGUUCAAUUUAAAACUGAAAACAUUCAAAAUCUUUUUGCUGAUGCUCAGAUUGCCUAUUCAACAAUUAAUGCAGCUCUAUUGGAUAAAGAAGUUCAAACAGAAUAUAUGAUUUUGUGCACAAACAUUGUUGAUUUGGCAAUUCAAUAUUUAGGAGAUGUUUAAUUAAAUGGGGACAAUCAAUAUAAAAGCUACUCUAAUAAGCUGAAUUAUUUUGUUCUAAAAAUCUUGUUUAAUUCAAUUCCUCCUAGUUACGGUGGAAUCUUUUUCACUUUCGAUAGAGGAUUUGUAUAAAGCAAAAAGAUUCUCCAUUUCCUCAACAAUCUAAAUAAGUUUGAUAUUUAUAUAGCAUGGCCAUUGGGAGUUAAAUUAAAUGCUAGAUUAUUUGACGAAGUUGUUAAAAGUAAGCCUUCUUUAUCAUAUUUUAAGGUUAUUCAAUUGUUUAAAGACAAUAAUCUGCAACAAUUACAAUAAAUUAAAUUCUUAAGCUAUUUUAGAAUUGCUUUGCUGGUAAGUAUAAGGAUGAAGAAGAAUAGGAGGUGCUCUAGCCAAUCAAAUUAGGCUCGACAUCAUCAUCAUCAUCAUGAGUAU